AUGUCGAGAGCGAAACCGCGCAUAUACGCACGAUACUACCGUAACGAGACGAUGUUCUACAUUCUCAUACUUGUCUCGCAAUUCAUAAUCACUACGGUAGCAAGUGAGCCUCCUGUUUUAGACAAUGGUGUGACAGAACUCCCUAUCGUCAAUUGUAUGGAGGAUCGAGUGAAACUAUUAUUCAAAACUCAACGCCCAUUUCAUGGAAGAAUAUUUGUGAAGGGCAUGGUUGACAAGCAAUUUUGUGUUCGCGAAUUUGUUACAAAUCAAGCGAAAGAAGUGUCUUUUGAAUUAGAGAACGGCGCUUGCAACAUGAGGAGACAACGCAUGUUGGGACCUGAAAAACGCGGAAUGGAAAUGUCGAUGACAAUUAUUAUAUCAUUUCAUUCAACAUUUAUUACUAAAGUUGAUCGAGCAUACAGGUGCACUUGUUUCUAUAUGGAAGCUGACAAAGUGGUUACAAAUCGAUUUGACGUCAGCAUGCUGCCGACAACUGAUCUCAUCGAUACCGCACGCAUGCCACUGUGCACCUACAGCGUUCGUAGAGAUUCCGUGACAGGACCUAUUGUCGAGUAUGCAAAAGUAGGAGAAUCCGUGUUCCAUGUUUGGAACUGCGAAAGCGAUAUGUUUUCCAUGCUGGUGCACAGUUGUUUUGUCGACGAUGGAAAUGGGGAUGAAAGGAAACCUUUGCUUGAUGAGCACGGAUGCUCAAUUGAUCCUUUAAUCCUUCCUGAUUUGACAUACAACAAAGAAAACAAUAUUGCUUAUGCUCAAGUAAAUGUAUUCAAGUUUGCCGAUAAGAUUUCGACAUAUUUCCAAUGCGCUGUUUCGACGUGCAUGAACUCAGAAGGAAUGUGUGACGGAAAGACCCCUCCUCGUUGUGGGCCAUCAAGCUUUUUCAAUAACAAUAUCAAUAAAAGGGUUAAAAGGGAGGCCGUUGCGAACAGAACUCAAGUUAAUUGGGUUCAUCUGGCUGAUACCAUGGAUCUAUCUGCACAAAAAAUAACUGUAUUUGAGUUAGAAGAAAAGGGAGAUGAUGCUUCUCAAAAAUUUGCGAUCAUUCAACCUUCAACUGAAUCGAUGGUAUGCAUUCAGCAGUCUCGUAUCACGUUCCUUCUAAUUCUUUCCUUCUCCGUUCUUAUUUUUCUCACGGUUUGCGCAAUUUUUCCACUCCAUCGUGCCUGGAGAUCCGCGAAAAAAUGCGACAUUACUGCAAACAGUUAA